CUUUCAUUUUUCUGUUUUCCUGAACCGAGAGGAGGAAGAGAGAGAGAGAAAGAGAGAAAACAAGUAAUUUCUGUUCGAAUUGGCCGAGUGAUGGCUCUGGACAGGAUUCGAGAUGUCAGCCUGAAGCUGCUGUGCUCCCAAGGGGGCUGUAUGCAGUACAGCACCUUACGGAGGGAGCUCUGUCAGGUUUUGCAGGUCACAGACUGGGAGCUGUGCCGGAUGCUGAGGGCGAGCCAGUGUUUCGCCAUCGUGCCGGGCCAGGGCUCCAAGCGAGCCGGCUCCGAGCUGAGUGAGGACAGCCAGCUCAUUGCCACCACCUCGGUCAGACUGUGCAAGGACUUCCUGAAGAAGAACUGUAGCGGCUCCUGCAGCCAGAUCCACCUCUGCAAAUUCUUCCUCCUGGGCAAUUGCAAAUUCUCCAAGGGGAGACACGCCUGCAACUUCUCGCAUGCUAUCCAUUCUCCUCACAACCUGAGUGUACUAUCUUCAAUAGCAAAGCUGACCGAGGCGGAACUGCGACAGCUCCUCCUUCAGAAUGAUACAUCUCUGCUGCCUGAGAUUUGCACGUUUUACAACAAAGGCCCUGGUCGCUAUGGCAGCUGCACCUACAAGCAGGAAUGCACUAAGCUUCACGUCUGCCUCCACUAUGUCCAGGGCUCCUGCAAGUUCGGGUCAAGUUGUAAGCGCUGCCAUAGUUUCAGUGACAGCAACAGCGCCAUGACCCUGGAGAAUCUGAGAGCCGAUGUGGCUCACAACCUGCUGCAAACAUACCAGAACCUGUACAGCAUCAAAAACUACACACCGCACAAUGGUAAAGCCACAGAGAAGUCACCUCGAUCCCGACAAUCUUCCGGCAGCUCCAGUGGUGAUCUGGACAGUGAGGAGAUCUGCCUCUACUUUGUCAGGAAGAAUUGCAGCUUUAAAGAUCAAUGUAACCGGGUUCACUUCAAGCUCCCUUAUCGAUGGCAGAUUCAUGGGGAAUCGUGGCAAGAUCUCCUGAACAUGGAGCAGAUCGAGAAGGAUUACUGCGAUCCCAGUAAGACCAGAUCCUCAGUGAUUAACUUUGAAGCCAUGGUAAGUGGCUUGAGCCAGAUUAGACGCCUGUCCACAGCCUCCUCCGUCACAAAGCCUCCACAUUACAUCCUGACCACAGAAUGGCUAUGGUACUGGAAGGACGAAUACGGAAAGUGGAUUGAAUAUGGGAAACAGGAAGGGCUGCACAGUGCUGCCAGCACAACAUCCAUUAACCUGGAGAAGGCGUAUUUGGCAGACAGUAAUGGGAAAGUGGAAUUCACGGCUGGAAAGCAUCAAUAUGUGCUGAGCUUUAAAGAAAUGUGUCAGACAAACACGCACAUUGGGACUCAGAGAGCUGUCCGGAGGAGGCCCAAGUUUAUCUCUGAGAAAGAUUUGGAGAACCAGAUACAAAACCAAGGAAAACCUGGACAGUCAGGUAACACUCGAGGAAAAUCCAUUCCAGCCAACUGGGAUAAACCACUUGAUGUAGACAUGGAAUAUAAGCUUGUUCGAGUGCUUGAGUCUUCAGAGGAAUAUAAACAGGUGCAGACCCUCUUUCAGCGGACGAUGAGAAACAGUGUCAUCCAGAAAAUUGAGCGAGUCCAAAAUCUGGCUCUUUGGGAAGUCUUUCAAUGGCAGAAGGAGCAGAUGAGAAAGGCCAGUGGUGGUGCAGAUGUGGUUGAGAAGCAGCUUUUCCAUGGCACGGAUCCCAAAUUUAUUGAGGCCAUCUGCCAGCAGAACUUUGACUGGAGGAUCUGUGGAGUUCAUGGAACCGCCUACGGAAGAGGAACCUACUUCGCUCGAGAUGCGUCCUAUUCCCAUAAUUACUGUCAACCAAGACAAGGAGCAAUGACCAUGUUUGUUGCUCGGGUUUUGGUCGGGCAGUUUGUGAAAGGAGAUUCCAGUUACCUCCGGCCACCCUUAAGAGACGGCUCAAAGUCCAGCUAUUACGACAGCUGUGUUAACGACGUCUCCAACCCCUCAAUAUUCGUCAUCUUCGAGAAACACCAGAUCUACCCUGAGUACGUGAUAGAUUACAAAAGUUAAAGCGGGUCACUGUGUGAGCUGGGCAGGACAUGGCUGAGUCCACAUCUGCAGGUGUGAAGGAACCUGUUUGUAACUUCAUCUCACUGUCUCCCUGUGAAAUGGAAAUAUUUAAAACAGAUGUAUGAUUGGUUAGAAAUUCAUCCUUUCUGGUUCAACUGUGUUGGCCCCUGUCUCCCACUCAUACCAGAGCUGCUCAGACCCUCUAAGUCAUAGUUAUUUUUGUAACAAUCUUUUAUACAACUGAGUCGCUUGCUUGGCUAUUUUAGAGUCAAUGACGUUGCUAUGGGACCAGACACAUUUCAGGCCAGUCAGUGAACAGAGAAGUUCCGAAAGGAACCAGAUGGAAUAUUAGUGCAAGUGUGGCAAAUUUAUAGUCAUUUAAGCUAUGUAGCUUUUUAAUUACACUUCUAUUAGUUGGUUGUGUUCAAAUUUUCCAGCUGCCUUGGAUGACAUUUUAUUUUAAGUCUUCAUUGAUUAUUAAUCCCGGUUUCUUGUCCAGGAAUAUAAUCUCUGUACUACAUUAACAUCUCACAUCUUUCACUUAGGAAUGAUGAAAUAUACUGCACUUUCUGGUAAACUCCAUUCUUUUGUAGGGUCACAGUGCUCUUAAAGUCAUGCUGACAAAAUGAAGACUGAAGAAAAGAAAUUACAAAAAAAAAAGUCAGAUGCUGGAAAUCUGAAGUAGGAACUGAAACAUUUCAGAGAGCGCUUAGCAUUGGUGGAAAGAGAAAUGGAGAUAACAGCGAGGGUUUUUAUGUGUCUCCUGGCCAGGGAGUCAGGAGCAAACUAGCCUGAGUCACUUCCAACCUGAUUUUUAUUGGGAAGCAAUUUUAUUACAGUAAAGGCAUAUAUAUCCUGACUUCACUCUAGCCCUGUGUUAGUAAGUAUCUCUGUGCUGAUAAAUCAAUAAAAGAAAUUGAGUCAAAUGAGAAGGUGAGAUCUGUUCUGUCUCAGCAGCACCACCGGGAGUGGUGGCCACUACUGGAACAGCAGCCAGUUAGGAACAGCAAAGACAGAAAGGAAGUGAGUGGGGUUGGCCUUAUCAGGCCAGUCAGGCUGCUCCCAGAAAGGUUGGCAGGAGUGGUGAUGGGACUGGUGUCGAAUGCAGGUGAUGGUUGUCAAGUUUGCUAAGGCUGCCACCUGGGCAAACCUGGCAGUCUCUCUGCCUGGUAGAGGGCCCCUCCACCUCCUAUCACCACUCGGCAGUAAAAUGCUAGCAACAGCAGGAUGGUGACGGGUAUGUCACUGUCUCCAGCCUGCGGAGUGAAACAGGUUUCUGAGGCUUCUUUUUGUUUUGCGCUCAACAGGAAGAAUGCAAGAAUUGCAAAGUUUCAAAUGAUCGCGACAGGAAAAGAGGGUGCUGGAUUCGGUGUGGCUGAGGGCAUUGCCUUAGGAAAAACUGCUGAAGCUCCAGUAUAGGCUCUGGGUGAUGAAGAAAGGUGUCAGGCUUGAACACCCUUUUGGUUUGCAGCUAACAGGUGGUUUUUGUAUUUAUGGCUGCCACUUGUAGCGUGUGUAAAUGAGCCAUGUCAUAAGCUUGAUUGAUUCAAUAUGAUUCUAUAAUUGAGCAGCACUGGCUGGCCAAUCCUGAGUGUGCUAAUAGCCAGAAUAACAACCAUAGUCAUAGAAUCAUACUAACUUAAGAUUUAGUAGCGCUCAAUAUUUAUGAUUGCUGGAAUGGGAGCACUAUGUCCACAAACAAAAAGAAUAAGUUCAAGCCUUGCACCUUUCCUGAUUCACACAGGAGCUUAGAGGGCCUUAGUUCUCUAUUGCUUUUUCCAUCACAACACCUUGACUAAUCAGAGUUGACAUUGCAACUAUUCAGGAGAAAGUGCAGAUGCUGGAGAUCAGAGUCGAGUGUAGUGCUGGAAAAGCACAGCAGAUCAGUCAGCAUCCGAGGAGCAGGAGAGUCGGCAUUUCGGGCAU